AUGGUUGGUAACGGCUAUCCUGCUGAAGAUUCGAGCCUUAUGAAUCCUAAGGCUUAUUUUUACAAUCGGCCUAGCUUCCGUUGGGUUGGAGAAAAUCUCUAUAGGAGUAUGCCGCAGAUCCAAAACGACCCUCACAAAAUCACACGUUACACUCUCAUCUCGAUUAUCCUGAAUUUCCCGAUAUGUAUCGGACUAAUCCUUUGCACCAAAAAUACAAACGACCGUUGCCUGUACACCCUCGUAUACUUAUUGGCCAACAUCGGAGACUUUUUCGCCUUCCAUGGCGUGAAAACCGGAAACAUCAAAAAGUUCUUUACGAGCUUCGGAAUCAUCAGCUGCGUCCUCGGAAUCAAAAUCUUCAUCGCGUUGAUCCUGCUCUGCAACCAUAUCGUAUCGUAUUAUUUCACGAACAUUGGGAUCCCAAUUCUCGUGCUCGUUGUUGCCAAUUUUGACCUUUACCGUCUAUUCCUAAUCCAACGUCAUAUUAUUCACAAGUUCGAGGUGGCCACGUUUACUCAGAAGUUUGCUUCAAUGCCUUGCGAUGAUUUGCCAAUUGUGGUCGCGGUCCGGGAUGAAGCGUCAAAAUCUGGAAUGUCCCCACCGCCAUAUGGUCUG